UUCCCAUGUUAUGUACAGUAUGCACUGAAGCAUGCAAAUUUCCCUCAAAACUUCAAGGAAUACAGGACUGUGUUGAUCAUUCACUUGCAUAUAAUUAAUUUAUAAUCUUUUUUGUGUUGAUUACGAGUAGAACUUUUACAUCACAUUGAGGAUUUACUGAUUUAUAAGAUGGUGCAAUGUGCAGCGUUUGGCUGCAAUGCUCGUCUUGAAAAGAAAACGGAGAAGAAAGGAUUCUUCGGCUUCCCAAAGGACGAUAGUAUUAAGCGGAAAUGGAUUCUAGCCGUGAAUUAACGACGGAUUAUCGACGGAAAGGUGGUGGACUUUACGCAAAGCAAAUAUGCAAAACUCUGCAUAAAACAUUAUGAGGAUAAGUGCUUUGUCCACCCCCCGAGUGUGAUGGCGAGUGCGGGCUUUGGGUAGUCCAAAUAAUUAGACGUAAGCUACCCCCCUGUAAAUCGACCUCAUAUUUAUAGGAGUAGGGCUUUGGGAUGAGACUGUCGCUGCAUCCUGAUGCAGUGCCAUCUUUGUUCUCUGACACGGACAACUUCAAUUCAUUACAGCCGAAAGCCCUAAAGCCCGACGAGUUAGGAGCCCCAAAACGGAAACGGGACACCUAUGGUGCUUUUGCCAAGAGAAAUCGCAAAACGGUGAAUGAGGUACUGAAGUUGGCAGAGAGUGAGUUUUCUGAAGAAUCACCAGUCGCGGAGACUCCUGCAAGCCUUGACGAACCAGAUUUGUUGACACCCAGUCAUUGUUUAAAAGCUACUCAGACUACAGAGACGGUAGUGUUUCGACCAGCCGAAAAUAAGGGUUUUAACAUAAAACCAGACCGGAAAAACAAAAAAGUGCAGGCUAUCGCCAACAUAGUGGACUCGGCUACUGAACCAGCUUUAUUUGAUUCUGAGGCUGAGGUCGAGGGACACUUUGAGGAGGAAUACACGGAGGAUGAUAUCUAUGAUGAUGACUUCGACAGUUCAGAGAAGGAUCCUGAUUGGGAGCCUGAUUAUGACUCUGAGGAGGAAUUGAUGUCAGAUGAUGAGGAGGAAGAAGAGGAGGUUUGUUGUUUGCUCCCGUUACUGCUUGUGUGCAGUGUUUGCGGAGACAAAUAUUCCAUUACUCGCAAGUCGGUGCGUGGGGGACAGCUGAAGAUUUCCACUCUCUGCGGAACCGGUCACACUAGAAACUGGGAUAGUGCUCCGACAGUCAAUGGAACACCUCUCAUAAACCUUCUUGGUGCUGGAGCAAUAUUUUUAGUGGCGUUUCAAUAAGACAAUUUUUGAACUGUCUGGACUUUUUCAAAGUGCCUUUUAUUAAAUAUAGAACAUUCACACGCAUCCAGUCAUCUUACAUCCUAACAGCAGUUGAUAGCAUCUGGAAACGAACCCAGAAAAAAAUGUUCCAGAUGUGCGAAGGC